CAACUUGUUUAAUCAGUAGCGAAGGCCACACAAUAACAGUUAGCACAGCAUUUUUAUUCUAACGUGCAGCAUUUUUAUGAACUCUGAACUUUUAAAGGUGCCCAGUAUUUUCUCUUUCAGACUCCCCAGAAGACUUGAGGCUUAAACACACAGAAGAAAGGAAGACAAGGAAAAGGAACCCAUGAAGAGGAGAGUGGCUAUCGUUGGAGCCGGUGUCAGUGGCCUGGCCUCCAUCAGGAGCUGUCUGGAGGAGGGGCUGGAGCCCACCUGCUUUGAGAGGAGCGAUGACGUUGGAGGCCUAUGGAAAUUCUCAGACCAUACAGAAGAGGGCAGGGCUAGCAUUUACCGAUCAGUCUUCACCAACUCUUCCAAAGAAAUGAUGUGCUUUCCAGACUUCCCCUAUCCUGAUGACUUCCCCAACUUUAUGCAUAACAGCAAGCUCCAAGAAUACAUCGUUUCAUUUGCCAAAGAAAAGAACCUUCUAAAAUACAUACAAUUUGAGACAUUUGUAACCAGUAUAAAUAAAUGUCCUGAUUUCUCAACUACUGGCAAAUGGGAAGUUACCACUGAAAAGAAUGGUAAAACAGAAACAGCCAUCUUUGAUGCUGUAAUGAUUUGUUCUGGGCAUCAUGUGUACCCCCACCUACCAAAAGACUCCUUUCCAGGACUGAACCGUUUUAAAGGCAAAUGCUUCCACAGCAGGGACUACAAGGAACCAGGGAUGUGGAAGGGAAAACGAGCCCUGGUGAUUGGCCUGGGGAACUCAGGCUGUGACAUUGCUGCGGAACUCAGCCACACAGCUCAACAGGUCGUCAUCAGCUCCAGAAGUGGAUCUUGGGUGAUGAGCCGAGUCUGGGAUGAUGGCUACCCCUGGGACAUGUUGGUGAUCACUCGAUUUCAAACUUUCCUCAAGAACAACUUACCCACAGCCAUCUCUGACUGGUGGUACAUGAGGCAGAUGAAUGCAAGAUUCAAGCACGAAAACUAUGGCUUGAUGCCUUUAAAUGGAACCCUCAGGAAAGAGCCUGUGUUCAAUGAUGAGCUCCCAGCCCGCAUCCUGUGCGGCACUGUGACCAUCAAGCCUAACGUAAAGGAGUUCACAGAGACCUCUGCUGUCUUUGAGGAUGGGACUGUGUUUGAAGACAUUGACUGUGUCAUCUUCGCAACAGGCUAUGGUUAUGCCUACCCCUUCCUGGAUGACUCCAUCAUCAAAAGCAGAAACAAUGAGGUCACCUUGUACAAAGGCAUCUUCCCUCCUCAGCUGGAGAAACCAACCAUGGCAGUGAUUGGCCUUGUCCAGUCCCUUGGUGCUGCCAUCCCCACAACUGACCUGCAGGCACGCUGGGCUGCACAAGUAAUAAAGGGAACAUGCAUUUUGCCUUCUGUAAAAGACAUGAUGGAUGAUAUUGAUGAGAAAAUGGGGAAAAAACUCAAAUGGUUUGGCAACAGUGAGACCAUCCAGACAGAUUAUAUUGUUUACAUGGAUGAACUGGCCUCCUUUAUUGGAGCAAAGCCCAACAUCCUACAGCUGUUUCUCAAGGAUCCCAGGUUGGCCAUCGAAGUGUUCUUUGGCCCUUGCAGCCCCUACCAGUUCCGGUUGGAAGGUCCAGGGAAGUGGUCAGGAGCCAGGAAUGCCAUCCUAACCCAGUGGGACCGGUCACUGAAGCCUAUGAAGACUCGUGUUGUUAGUGGUGUUCAGAAGCCUUGCUCAUACUUUCAUUUGCUCAGGCUCCUUGCGGUUCCUAUUCUGCUCAUUGCUGUUUGCCUUGUGCUCAUCUGAUUGGGAUUCCCUCUAGAAUCUCAGGUAGUCACUGACAAUAACAAGGCAGGAUCUUUCCUAUUUAAAAAUUAAGAUUUUCAUACCUAUUCCUUUCCUGUUCAAGUUCAUUUGGCAGGACACAAAGGCAUUAAUUAGUAAGCAAGACAGUGUUUGCUCUGGUCUUGUAAGUAAGCCUCUUUCAGAAUCAUACUGGUUUUCAGAGGUUGUAAGUCAGUUCUCUCUAAGUUUCACUAACACUUUGUAAGGAGAGCUAUGUUUUUAUGUCCAACUUGAAUCAUUUUCUGAAACAAUUGCAAGUGGUUCCUUUUCUCUUUCAAAUAAUGCUUGAAAGAUAUACUUCAAAUACAAACAAUGAAUAAAAUAGAGCAUUUAGAACAUAA